AUGGCAUCAACAACUGAGCAAAAGAAGAUGUUGAUCUUAAAAUCCUCGAAUGGCGACGAAUUUGAGAUCGAAGAAUCCGUCGCCGUUCAAUCAAUAACCAUAAAAAACAUGGUGGAGGACAAUUACACCAAAAUCCCACUCCCAAAUGUCGAUACUCAAACCCUAAUCAAAAUUAUCGAAUACUUGAUGAAACACGCCGUUGAGAAGACGUAUACGAACGAAGAAGAAAUCGAAAAUUUCGACAAGGAAUUCGUGAACGGGAAGAGUUACAGAGACCUGUUUGAACUUAUAUUGGCUGCUAAUUACCUUGAAAUUAAGGGUUUGCUCGAUCUUUUGUGUCAGUCGAUUGCUGAUAGGAUUAAGAACAAAUCGGCGAAUGCUGUUAGGAAGAUAUUUAAUAUCACGCCCGAUUACAGUACUGAAGAAGAAGAAGAAGAAAAGGUUAGAAUUGAUUAG